AUGAGCGGUUCCUCUCUACCUUACAUUGGAAGCAAGAUCUCCCUCGUGUCAAACGCGGGCAUCCGUUACGAGGGUAUCCUCUACACCAUCAACACCGAGGAGUCCACUAUUGCCCUCCAGAACGUGAAGUCCUUCGGUACUGAGGGUCGCAAGACUCCCGACAUUCCCGCCAGUGACGAGGUCUACGAUUUUAUCAUUUUCCGUGGCUCUGAUAUCAAGGACUUGACCGUCCUAGAAGGUGCCAGCCAGAGGUCUGGUGUCCUCUCUGACCCCGCCAUCGUGAGCAUGCAGAAGAACGCCCCUACUGUCGCUACUAACGGUAUGCAGCGUCAACGUGGCUACUACAAUAACAACCGUGGUGGUUACGGUAAGGGUUAUGGUAAGGGUUACAACAACUACGGUGGUAAGGGUUAUGGCAAGGGCUACAACUACGGCUAUCGUAAUAGACAUCAGAACAGGAACAGAAGGUCCGGUCCCUCUGGCCCUGUCGGUGAGCUUGUCCCCAACGAGAAUCCUGAAGCUAAGGCCGAGGUGAAGGAGGAGUUUGAUCUUGCUGCUUCCGCUGAGAAGUUGGAGAAGCCUGACGAGUCUGCCAUCAGUACUGCUGGUACGACUGUUAGGACUGGCUAUGACAAGACUAAGGGAUUCUUUGAUGAUAUCUCUUGUGAUGCCUUGGAUCGGAACGGUAUCCCCUCGUUCGAUCCUACUCGUCGUGAGAAGCUUCGUGAGGCCGACAAGGAGACUUUCGGUUCAAUGGCUCUCCAGCGUAGGCCCUUUGGUGGCAAUGUUAGGCGUAUGAGACCCAACAACAGGAACAGAAGAUAUUAG